GAACGUUAACGCUAAAACAUACAGUCUUGUUGUUCCUCUGGUCACAAAGAAACGGUACAAGAUGGACGAACAACAGGCUGCAGCAGGUCGGUACAAAAUGUACAAAUGUAUGGUGAUAGUAGCUGCACUUGUAACAGCGGGCUGUAUGUCUGCCAUCAUUGUUUGUGGAACCAAUAUCGUUCAACCGAUCGUGGAAACCAACUCUCUUUCGUUCAAAGAGACAACCUGUACUACAGCAAGGAGUUAUCUUACCGGAGAGAAAGCUGACUGUGACUGUGGAAAGAACUGUCAGUCCGCGUACCCCUGUCUGCGUAUCACCGUGUCGUACGCUGAUGAGGGCGGCACCACCAAUAACGGGGUCCUGUUCGACACUGAACAAAGGCUCAACAAAGACGGGCACAGAGGAGAGGACCUCCAGUGUGUGACUGCACCUUGUGACAGAAGCUGGGAAGAGAACCGGAAAGAAGUCGAGAACUUUCAAGAUGAACACGCGGACGGGCAGACUUACAAGUGCCUGUACAACCCAGCUGAUACCAACCAAGUCUUGCUCAAGAGGCUGUUCACAUGGGACCAUAUGUUUCACUCCAUGCUGUGGAGUAGUAUCGGGUUCGUCGUUUUCGCUUGCGUCACCGUGUACCUUGCCCUUCGGUGUAAGAAAGCAGGUGAGAAGACGUCCCUUACGACAGGUGUUACAGGUGUUCAGCAUGGACUACCGCCUCCUUAUCCCGGAAGACAAGCCCCUUAUCCUUAUCCAGGGUUGCAGAUGCAAUCCGUACAUGAGAACUCCUACCAGACACGCUAUUCGACACCCUCUGACAAUAAGGGAUUCACAUUCAACUGAAUCUGUUGAUUCGUUAUACCCCCUUUUCCCUAGGACGGCACUCUCUCUGCCACCGAAAAUUUGACAGAUCGCUCAACGAA